CAGAAGAGAAACAGGUUUGGGGUUAGGGUGCUGAGAGAGUGCAUGUCUCUGUGUGUGAGCAAGAGCUUCUUUCCCCUCAGUCCCUUCUUAGGUCAUUACACCGAGCUGCCUGAAACUGCCCAAUGCUAUUUUUCACCACCUUGACUUCAGAAGAGACAGGUCUGUGGAUGUGCUUCACCUUCUGCUUCAGCUGGGCGAUAGCAGCAAAACUGAGAGCUGUGGCUGCUGCUGCUCUCGUUUGAGAACUGACUUGUUGAAGGAUUCCUGCCCUUCCACAGAGCAAUAAUAAUGACACAGCUGCAGUUUAAAGAUGCAUUUUGGUGCAAGGAGUUCACUUUCCACACUGGCUAUGAGGUGCUCGUACAGCGGCUGUUGGACGGGAAGAAGAUGUGCAAAGAUGUGGAGGAUUUGCUCAAGCAGAGAGCACAAGCAGAAGAGAGAUACGGGAAAGAGCUGAUUCAGAUUGCCCGGAAAGCAGGAGGACAAACAGAAAUCAACACACUGAAGGCAGCAUUUGAGAGGCUCAAACAACAAAUCGAAAGUGUUGGAAACUCUCAUAUCCAGCUGGCAAUAAUGCUGAAGGAUGAACUGAAAGGAAUAGAGGAGUUCCGAGAAAGACAGAAGGAGCAAAGAAAAAAGUAUGAGGCGGUGAUGGAGCGCAUGCAAAAGAGCAAAUUGUCCCUGUAUAAGAGAACAAUGGAGGCAAAGAAGACCUAUGAACAGAAGUGCAAGGAGGCAGAUGAGGCCGAGCAGUCCUUUGAACGGACAAGUGCUUCAGGCAACCAAAAGCAAAUGGAGAAGAGCCAGAACAAGGCCAAGCAAUGCAGAGAUGCAGCAAAUGAAGCAGAGAACGUGUACAAACAGAGCAUUGAGCAGCUGGAUAAGGUCAGGACAGAGUGGGAACAGGAACAUAUCAAAACCUGCGAGGUCUUCCAGCUCCAGGAGUGUGACCGCAUCACCAUCCUCCGCAACUCGCUAUGGGUUCACUGCAACCAGCUCUCCAUGCAGUGUGUGAAGGAUGAUGAGCUAUAUGAAGAGGUUCGAGUAAGCUUGGAGAACUGCAUUGUAGAGUCAGACUUAGACUACUUCAUUAGGACUAAAAUGACAGGAACACAACCUCCAGAUGCAAUAGGGUAUGAGAACUACUACAACAGAGAACGAAACAGAAGCAACAGUGGCCCAACCCAGUCUUGUGGGAUGAUGAAAAGAUUCUCUGAACUACUGCAUGGAAGCAGCAAAAACAACAUGGAAAGUGCCUCUCCUUCAGCCCCUCCUCUCGCAGAGAAAACAGACCAAGUCUAUGCAUCCAUUUUUGUAAAUGAACCAGCUGCAAUCACGUCAUCACAGGACUACAGAGUACUUUAUGACUACACAGCCCAGAACAUGGAUGAACUGGACAUCAGUGAAGGAGACAUUGUAGUUGUCAUUGAAGAAAAUGAGGAUGGCUGGUGGACAGCAGAAAGGAAUGGGCAGCGAGGCUUUGUGCCAGGGUCUUAUCUUGAAAAGCUUUGAUGAAAAGAACCCCCAGUCCCCAGACUUAAAAAAACUUCUAUUAUGGAAACAAACAGCACACAAGGUCUGCUUCAAGCAACCCUAAUAUUGUCUUCUACAAUUACCUGUCAGGAAAUAACCAACUGACCACACUUUACUCUUCCUCCCUCCUGCCCCAGCCCAGCAUCUCCUGGCCUACAUUGCCUGCACAUCUGUUGUCAUCUCAGAGAGAUCAGGACCUGUAU